CUCACACUCUCUUCUCGUCCUUUUCCUCCAAUUGCCUCCCCACCUCCGCGAAUAUGGCUCGCGGGAUAGAAGGGAACGAGAUGUCGACUCCUCGUUCGUCGUCUCAGAAAAAGCAGCCUCCUUCCGGCUCCCAAUCCACGAAGACUCAGAAGUCAAUUCUGGGAUUCUUCCAGAAGAAGUCCACGAAUUCGCCCGGCCCAGCUCCGUCUGCUUCUACACCCGCCAAGAAGACACUUACAUCCGCACUAUCGAAGAAAUUCGAUCGAUCGGGUCCCGCUGCUCUCACACCUCAACCCAGUGGCGACGCUCCCGAACCCUCGAGUCCUAUUCGGCAGGGGCAGGACGCCGGAUCAGGAAAGAACAAGGAGAAUGAGGUUGCAGGUGUCACUUUUAGUAGUCCCUCGCGAAAGGCUAGAAAGUCCGUUAACUACGCCGAGUCGGACGAUGAAGAUGACGAAGUCUUCCAGCCAAUUGCCAACAAUGCUAGGAAAGGCCGAGCUAUAAAGAGGAGAAGGGUCGCUCUGGAGGACUCAGAGGACGAGUUCGGCUUAGAUGAGGCAACUCAGCAGGCUAUGGUCGAUGAUGAUAUGGACGAUUUCAUCGUCCCGGAUGACUCCGAUGAGGAUGCGGUGCUUCCUCAGAAGAGGAAGCGGCAGCAAUCGAACAAGUCAAGCAAGAAAGCUACUCCAGCAUCCUCUCCCCCUAGACCUGUCAAGGCCGAGGAUGAUGACGACGACGAAGAUAUCGCUAUGACUGGCACAUCAACCGCCCAGCAAUGGACGUACGACCCAGAGAACCUCGCUCCCCUCAAUCCACGGCCUGCCAUGCAGGUAGCUAAGACAAACGCAAAGAAGGGCAAAGAACGUCCGUCAGCUAGUGAGCCUGAGCAGAGAUACCCUUGGCUAGCAAAUGUUCUCGAUACCGACCGCCAUCCUCCCGAUCACCCAGAGUACGACCCGCGGACCCUAUACAUACCACCCCUCCAAUGGAACAAAUUCUCGCCUUUCGAGAAGCAAUACUGGGAGAUCAAGUCGAAGUUCUGGGAUAGCAUCGUCUUCUUCAAGAAGGGGAAAUUCUACGAGCUAUAUGAGAAGGAUGCCGUCAUCGGCCAUCAGCUCUUCGACCUCAAACUUACCGACCGCGUCAACAUGAGUAUGGUAGGCGUACCUGAGGCUUCACUAGAUCAGUGGGCCAGCCAGUUCGUCGCAAAGGGCUACAAAGUGGCUCGAGUGGAUCAAAUGGAGUCUGCUCUCGCUAAGGAGAUGCGCGAGCGUGGCGACAAGAAGAGCGCAAAGAAGGGCAAAGAAGACAAAGUCAUCCGACGGGAACUGGCCGCUGUGCUCACCUCCGGUACGCUCGUCGAUAUUGGUAUGCUUCAGGACGACAUGUCGACCUAUUGUAUGGCCAUCAAAGAGAUCGAUCGCGAUAACCUGCCCGCAUUUGGUGUGGCCUUCGUCGAUACCGCGACGGCACAGUUUCAUUUGUGCGAGUUUACCGACGACAUCGAUAUGACGAAAUUCGAGACCCUGAUUGCGCAAAUGCGGCCUGGCGAGCUGCUCCUGGAGAAGUCUUGCGUUUCGGCGAAGGCUCUGCGGAUAUUGAAGAACAACACGGGGCCGACAACUAUCUGGAAUUCUCUCAAGCCUACGAAGGAGUUCUGGCCAGCUGACAUAACCAUAAGAGAAGUAGAAGCCUCCAGCUACUUCGAAUCCCCUACGGAAGAUAAUAUCGAAGCCUGGCCUCCAGUCCUUCGCGAGGCUCGCGACCAUGAGCUAGCUAUGUCGUCCUUUGGUGCUCUUUUACAAUACUUAAGGAUGCUCAAGAUUGAGCGCGAGCUUGUCACCCUUGGCAACUUUGCCUGGUACGAUCCUAUCCGAAAGGCGACCAGCUUAGUCCUUGAUGGACAAAGCUUGAUCAAUCUGGAAAUAUUUGCAAACAGCUUUGACGGGUCAAGCGACGGGACCCUCUUUGCUUUACUAAAUCGAUGCAUCACUCCCUUCGGAAAGCGACUCCUUAGACAGUGGGUUUGCCACCCAUUGGCCGAUGCGAGGAAGAUCAAUGCGCGCCUUGAUGCCGUUGAAGCAUUAAAUGCGGACUCCAGCAUCACCGACAACUUCACAUCAUCUCUCAGCAAGUUACCCGAUCUUGAGCGGUUGAUCUCCCGAGUUCACGCUGGCCGUUGUAAGGCGCAGGACUUCUUGAAGGUCCUUGAAGGCUUCGAGCAGAUCGAAUACACUGUUGGGCUGCUGAAGCAAUUCGGUGAAGGCGAAGGCGUCAUUGGGCAGCUCAUCUCAGCCAUGCCUGACCUUGCCGGCGCUCUAGAAAAAUGGAAGACAGCGUUUGAUCGCGAUGUCGCCAAGUCUGAGGGCAUUCUUGUUCCCGCGCCCGGUGUCGAAGAAGACUUCGACAGCAGCCAGCAAGAAAUCGACGCUUGCAUGGCCAAUCUAGAUCAACUAUUGAAGAAGGCUCGCAAGGAGCUGAACUCUUCGGCAAUCCGCUUUCAAGACAAUGGCAAGGAGAUUUACCAGCUGGAAGUGCCAAAGAAGAUCAAAGUCCCGUCGAAUUGGGACCAGAUGUCUGCUACGGCCAAGGUCACCAGAUAUUACACGCCUGAGCUUCGCAAGCUUGUUCGAACCCUGCAAGAAGCGCAAGAAACCCAUGGUCAGAUCGUACGCGACGUAGCAAGCCGCUUCUGCGCCCGAUUCGACGAGGACUAUGCUACCUGGCUCGCCGCCGUCAAGAUCAUCGCUCAGCUCGACUGCCUGAUCAGUCUUGCGAAGGCAUCCGCUUCCCUUGGUGAACCGAGCUGUCGUCCGGUUUUCUCGGAGGCCAAACGCACUGUUGUGAAGUUCGAAGAGCUCCGUCAUCCGUGCAUGCUGAACACUGUCGAUGAUUUCAUCCCCAACGAUAUCAAGCUCGGUGGCGAUUCUCCGAGCAUUGAUCUCCUUACUGGUGCCAACGCGGCCGGUAAAUCAACCAUCCUUCGAAUGACGUGUAUAGCGGUCAUCAUGGCUCAGGUCGGCUGUUAUAUCCCAUGUACAUCUGCCACACUCACUCCGGUCGAUCGAAUUAUGUCCCGUCUAGGAGCGAAUGACAAUAUCUUCGCGUCGCAAUCUACCUUCUUCGUCGAGCUUUCGGAAACACAAAAGAUCCUCUCCGAAGCUACUCCCCGCUCCCUCGUCAUUCUCGACGAGCUGGGUCGCGGUACCUCCUCGUACGAUGGCGUCGCUGUUGCCCAAGCCGUCCUCCAUGACAUUAGCUCACGUGUAGGAUGCGUCGGCUUCUUCGCUACGCACUACCGCUCCCUUGCCAAAGAAUUCGAAGCGCAUCCUGAAGUCGCGAAUAAGCGCAUGCGUAUUCACGUCGACGAUGAAUCGAAGUCCAUCACAUUCCUGUACAAGUUGGAAGAGGGUGUUGCUGAGGGCAGUUUCGGUAUGCACUGUGCCGCCAUGUGCGGGAUUCCGAGCAAAGUUAUCGAGAAUGCGGAGGUGGCUGCCCGCGAAUGGGAGCAUACCUCGCGCUUGGGCGAGCGAAUGGAGGUCAAGAAAGAGGAGGGUGGUGUGUAUAUUCCGCUCGGUAUGCAGAGUGAUGUUGCCUGGGCUCUACGGGAGGGCCUUGAGGGUGUGGGAGAGAGGGCGCUUGAUGUGCUUCGCGAAGCUAUCGCCGCGUUGUGAGACCAAGGAUGUGAGAAAAGAAGGUGUAAUAGUGCUACUCAUUUCUUUGGUCCGACAUUUUGGAGUCUACGGCCGGUAUAUGUAUCGGGAGGCAUUACUAAUUCUGGAAUUUUGGCAAGGAUAUGGAUUGGUAGGGCGUACUUGGACUUCGAUCUGGUGUAUCAAGCACCGCUGUAAUCAUAUGCUGCUAGCUAGCGAAAAGCAUCGUUUGUGUCUGUC